UUUCAACUAGGUUCCAGAGAAUGUUAGGAUUCUUUGUGGACAUAUUAACUUCAGCUCUGGUGGCCUGAUGCCUGGCUGUGUACUGCCAAAUGUCCCAUAUAAUGCUCAGUUUUCAAGAGAAGAACAUAUCGCUUCUAAACCGCUCAGUUGACUGCUGGACUCAACAGGUUCAGCCAAGGCUUCAUGGUAACGUUCAGUGGAAUCCCUGAACCCUGGAGCGAAGCUUUCUGACUAGGUGCUGCUGUGAAACAAAAUGGAAGAUUCCCAAGCUGGCCUGGACCUCAGCCGUUGUCAAGAACAAACAGAACACGGAGGUUUACGGGAUAUUUUGAAUGAUGAAGGUCCUAACACAUACCAUGAAACAGAAAACAUACAGACCAGUGAAGAUGAGAAAGAAUAUAAUUCAACUAAUGGAAGAGAGAGAGAAGAAGACACCAUACUUAAGAUCAAAUGUGACUAUGAUGAAAAACAAGAUGGAAUUUUGAAGUCUGAGCCAGUAGAAAUUGAAGAAGAACGCAGGAUCCUUUAUAACUGCAGGCCGGAAUAUGGAGACUAUGACAACAUGGAACUGGAGAGGCCUUCUGAACCAUGUGACCUUGUCAAAUCAAAUACUGCAAAACUGAAGUGUGAUAUUUGUGGAUUGGGCUGUGUCAGCCUCAAUGUUCUGGUGGUUCACAAACGCAGCCAUACUGGAGAGCGCCCUUUCCAUUGUAAUCAGUGUGGAGCCUCAUUUACUCAGAAGGGAAAUCUUCUCCGCCAUGUUAAACUUCACACUGGGGAAAAGCCAUUCAAGUGUCACCUUUGUAGCUACGCUUGUCAAAGAAGAGAUGCACUGACAGGUCACUUAAGGACACAUUCUGUGGAGAAACCAUUCAAGUGUGAAUUCUGUGGACGGAGUUAUAAGCAGAGAAGUUCAUUAGAGGAACACAAAGAAAGAUGUCGGACAUACCUGCAGAAUGCUAGCCUCAGUGAAGCUGAAAGUUCAGAGAGGAGGCACAUCAGAACUGAAAUGGGGACUGAGCGGGCCCUUGUCCUGGACCGCUUAGCAAGCAACGUUGCCAAACGAAAACGUUCCAUGCCACAGAAAUUUAUUGGUGAAAAACAUCCCAACUUUGAAGUGAAUUAUAACCAUGGCUUUUUAUAUGAAAAGGAGAGAGAGGCUAUGCUGCCAGGAUGCAUGGCGGAGCAAGCCUUCAGCAAUGCCAUUGGUUAUCUUGGUGCAGAACCAGCGCACUCACUUGCGCAAACCUCAACUGCUCCAACUUCAGAGAUGGUGCCUGUUAUCAGCAGCCUAUACCCUCUUACAUUCACUCACACUGAAAUGCCCAGUAAUAACCUGCUGAAAAUGGAAAAGAGGGACAUCCAAACGAGAGACAAGAUACCUAUUGAGCAAGGCCUUUCUCCAAACAAUAGUGGUCAACAUUCUACAGAUUCAGAUAACAAUCAAGAAGAGAACCAGAAUCAUGCCUACCUUCAAAAUCAAAUGGUUCCUCCUCCUUUGCAGGCCAGGAAUGGACCUCUGACUUUCAAGGAACACUCUAGACCAUAUGACUUGUUCAGGCAACCAACUGUUUGUCCUUGUGAUGUCUUGAAAGUCUUCAACAAAGAAGGUGAACACAUUGGAUCCUUUAGAUGUGAUCAUUGUCGUAUUCUUUUCUUGGAUUAUGUUAUGUUCACUAUCCAUAUGGGAUGUCAUGGUUUUCGUGACCCUUUUGAAUGUAACAUGUGUGGGCACAGGAGCAAUGACAAAUAUGAGUUCUCCUCCCACAUAAUUCGAGGUGAGCACAAACCAGGUCUGAUAUGAGAGCAAAAUUACUCUAUUCUUUUCUGAGGCACUCAAUGUGCAUCUGUAUUGCAAAAUCAGCCAGUUUUUGAAGUAGAAUUAAAUAUUGAGUUUUCUCAAAAAGAUAAAACAAAUCUGAUCACGGAUGUAUGAAUGGGUAUUUUAAUGAAAUUCACUUAAAGAACUAAAGUGUUCAGCAUUCUUUGACCAGGAACUAAGAAGGUUAAACAUUAUAAUUUCUAAUACAGACAGCAUAAAAAGAACUUUUUAAAAACAACGAUCUUCUUAAAUUCUAAACUUUUUAGAAAAACUGGUUUAUUUUUCAAUGAUUCUCUGCUUUUCAACAUUUUAUUAGCAAUGUACUAACAUUUGGCCCAGCCAUCUUUUGUCUAGUUAAACAUCUUUUGCAUGACUUAUGGCAAAGUGUUUACUGUAUUAUAGUGCUGCCUAACUCCAGCAAAUGUUACGCCUUAUUUUACCACAUGUUGUUUUUUAAGGAAAACAAAGGUUUCUUCCAUACUAGACUGCUAUUAAGCUGUCAAACUGCCUUAUUCAGAAUUCUACUAAAUGUCCAAAUGACAUCAUUUUCUAUUUCUAACCUUCUUGUCUCAGAAUUGCAAUAAAGAAAAAAACCUCCAAAUUGCUCCACAAUGUCUUUCAGCAGCAUUCUGGAAGCACAUAAUGAUGAUAUAUAGAAAGGUAUAAUGACAAAAGUAAAGGCAUUUUCGUACAGAAAGAAAUUACAAUUUAACAAACAUCUAGAACUCAUGUGGUUAAGACCUAAGGAAUGCCAACAAGAAGGGAAUUUUUAAAAUGUGGAAACCUGUGACUGAAUUAAAAUCUAAAUCAUUAUGAACCCAAAGUGCUGAACAUGUAACUUAUUGCCAUCUUUAUGUUUUGGACAUCCAUGAAAAAAAAAUGAAGGUACAUCAUUAUGUGAACAUUUGAUAAAGAUUUGUAGGGGAAGAAUUUAAGAAAUUUCUUAUACAUGCCAUUCUUUGAUACAUGCACUGUCAUAUUUACUUGUAGCCAAUAGAUAUUUGAAGUCAUGUGUCAUACAGAUAUUUGUCAAAUUUGCUGGGAAUGCCUUCAGCUUUUGUUGACUAUUGAGUACGGAACACAAGAUGGGUAGCUAGGAUUUGUUGUUUUUCUAGGAAUGAAGUUAUCCUCUAUAGUAGUAGUGUUCCAAUCCUAAAGCUGCAUCACAUGGACAAAAGUAGCCUGUUAGCUAUAAACUCACACCAAGCAGAAGACAAUUUUGUUGUUUUCUGUCCUUCAAGAUAAAUUCCAGAUUUGAUGAAGAGGGAAAAUUGGGAGUAGGAUGGGGAUGAAGACAUGCCACCACAUUUCAUUGAAAGUCACAUUUUCAAUGAAAUGUCAAAGUUUCUUCUGAGCAAAAUAGUAGGGGAAUAUUGAAGGGAUAUUGAGAUACAAUAAACAGCAAAAUCUCUCAAUGGUGAAUAGGGGGGGGAAUCCAAUACAUGCUAAGAAAUUUUGCUCAGCAUCAGCUUUCAAAAUCUAGAUUUUUUUUCCUUCAAAGAAUUCUUAAGAAAAAAAAUGAAGUUUCUAUAAGGCUAGAGAAAUUACUCAGGCCAGUGGACGAAGAUUUGCAUUACUGUGCUAGUAACUUUUUACUUAAGUUUGCUUAGUCUCAUUUCAUUCUAAUACUUCCGGAAGAAGAAGCUUUUCUCUUACCUAGUAAACAAAAAAAUAUCUACUAUUAUUAUCCAAAUAGAUUUAAUAUUAUCACGUAAUAGCUAAGUCUUAUUUCUAAUAUAUGGUAAUAUUGUGUAUAAACACUGCUGCUUCAACUAAUGGCUGCUUAGAACAGUGGUGGGUUUCAAUUUUUUUUACUACUGGUUCUGUGGGCGUGGCUUGGUGGGUGUAGCAGGGGAAGGAUACUGUAAAAUCUCCAUUCCCACCCUACUCCAGGGGAAGGUUACUGCAAAAUCCCCGUUCCCUCCCAAUCAGCUGGGACUUGGGAGGCAGAGAAUAGAUAGGGACGGGGCCAGUUAGAAUCUUUACUACUGGUUCAAAAUUUCUGCUACCGGUUCUCCAGAACUGGUCAGAACCUGCUGAAACCCACCUCUGGCUCAGAAGCCUUCUCUUAAAAAAAAUUGGAAUGUUUUGACUUUAAACAUA